AUGUCAAGCAUCUACGACGCUCUCCACGCUUUCCAAUCAGAAGCACAAGUCUCUCCAAACCCUACUUGGCUUCUACUGCUACUCAUCCCCGCCCUCGUGCUGAUGGGUAUGAUUAGCCUACCUCUACCUUUUGGUCGCUCGCACUGGAGCGCGAAAGGCAAGCAUGCCUUCAUAACGGGCGGAUCUUCGGGAUUAGGAUUGGCGCUUGCCGAGCUGAUCGUCGAGAGAGGUGGAAGCGUGACGCUGGUAGCGCGCGACGAGACUCGUCUGAGUUGUGCCAAGCAGCAGGUAGAGCGUCUUCUCAGCGUGCGCCUUGACCCCAACAAAGGCAGCAGCACAAUGACGGACUACAAACAGUUUGUGCAGGCUAUCAGCGCGGAUGUCUCAUCCUUUGAAGCGGCCAGAAGGGCAGUCCAGCAAGCUUCCACCUCCACCUGUCAACCCGACAUCUUUUUCUGCUGUGCAGGAGCAGCUACGCCGGGAUUCUUUAUCGCUCAAUCCGAAGAGACGUUGCGUCGAGGCAUGAACACGGAUUACUGGACCAGCGCCAGUAUGGCCCACGCAGCGCUUCGCAGUUUCAUUUCCAGCGGCAAAAAGGGCGGCAAAAUCGUCUUUGUAUCGUCCAUCUUGGGAAUGUUUGGCAUGGUUGGCUAUGCCGAAUAUGCGCCUGCAAAGGCUGCCAUAUGCUCCUUGGCCGACACGCUCCGAAGCGAAGCUUUGCUGUACGAUGCACAAGUGCAUUGUUACCUGCCCGGCACCAUACUCAGUCCCGGCUUGGAGAGGGAGAACAGGACGAAGCCGAACAUCACGCUCAAGCUGGAAGGCACUGGGUCAGGUCUGACCCCAAGGCAAUGCGCGCAAGGUCUGCUCAGAGGUGCGUAUAUGCUUCACUCCUCUCGCAUCGCACCUUGCAGCCCCCUCUCACACGUCGCUUAAACGCACACCACUCCUUUGCGCUCCACGUCAGGUUUAUCGCGCAACCAGUUCAACAUUACUACCGACUUCCUCACCGAACUGGUGCGCAGCGCACAUUUGCAAAACUCGCCAGGUAACGGUUGGAUUUUGGACGGAUUCAAGUGCGCGCUUGCUAGGAUUGUACAGCCCCUUUGGAGAUGGAUCGAGAAUGAUAGGGCCAUCCAAAAGGAGAAGAAGUUGCACUUGGCGGAAUUGCAAACGGCGGGAGUACAGGUUGCUGGCGCGCCAGUAUUGGCGUCGGCGCCGAGUCAAAGCGAGUGA